AUGCCUCCCUCCAUUGAAGUCUUUACUAUACCCCAGGCCUUCGACUCCCUCGAAAGUGCUAUUGCAUUUCAUGAUGAUCUUUGGCCUGGUUGUCCUACGUAUCAGACGCUUGACGAGGCAAACACGCACUUCCUUAACAUUCAUGCCAUGCUCAAUGAAUUCCAACUCGUUGCUCACGACAUCCCCGUUAGCACGGCUGUCGUCCUAGCCCAUCUCGUCGUCUCGCACACCAAUGCUCAUCGCAUUAAACCCAACCGCGACCAUUAUCACGACGAUGCUACCCGCUAUAAACAGAAAUCCAUUGACUUGGAAUACGAACUCAACCAACUCCACGAUCUUCAUUCCAGUAUUGAGCGUGAACGGGAUAUUCUUAAGCGCCGCCUCGACGAAGCCCUUGAAAAGCUUGCUCGUACUGAAGCUCAUCUCCACGAUGAGAUCAAAUCUGAUCACGAUUCUUCUCGUCUUCAAGACCUAGUUACUACUCUUCGUGCCGACCUUCAAGCUGCCUUUGAUCAAAUACAGGCUAUUCGUCGUGUCCACAAGAAACCUCAGUCCAUCGCUGAGAAAUAUGACAUCUCUCCCACCAAGCCUGCCGUUGCCAUCACCGACUGCCCCAAAUAUAAGGACAUUUAUAAGCGCACCAAACUCAAGGAUUAUACUAACUUCGGAAACUGGCUCAUUGGCUUACGUAUGGAACUUGACCACUUUGAUGUUAUCCAUCGCCUUCACCCUCAUUGUGACGACGUCUCAGUCGGAGGCGGCCCCGACAUGCUCGCUGACGCCCGCUGCCGCCGCAUUCUCGUUGACUCCAUCAAUGAGACACUGAUUAAUUCUAUAUACAAGUCUCAUGUGUCCAAGGCACCCCAUGCUUACUUUAAACACAUCUGCCUCACCUUGCAUUCGGCAACCAUUACAGGCAGUCAUGGUCAUUUCUGGACUGCCAUGAAAUCUCUCAUCAAUUUCACCGCCACCGGGUCUCCCGAUUUGACUCUUCAGGCACUAGACGACAUCCGCCGACAUCUUCUUGACGUUGGCAAAGUCGUUCCUGAUAAGUAUCUUAUCUGUGCCCUCUUAUACAGUCGCAGUGGCGACUACAAACUCCUUCGUUGCGACAUUUUCGCUCAGGAUAUUGAUGCACUCACCAUCGAUGAACUCACCAUCGAUGCACUCACCAUCGAUGAUGUCUACAUGAAAGUCACGAAUUUCACAGGCGAUUACCAUCUUGACGUCUCCCCUUCUCCUUCCGGUUUAAACGCACUUACCGUCGGCAAUCCUUCAACGCCUUCCACCGCUGGUCAUAAUGCUACCGCGUGUCUCUCCAAUUAA